GUCCCUCUCAUAAUAUUUGCCAACUAUCUCACCGUGUAGAGAGGCUGGUGAGCCAGAGACGGGUUUCGUCUCUCUGGUGUUCCUUCUUUUUUGUCAUUCAAAGUCAUGGGAUAGCAACAGCUCUGCUCAGAUUGGGAAUAUAGCUGUGGAGCUCUUUGUACACUCUUUCCUGAGGGGAUUACUACAGGAAUAGCGUGUGUUCGUGUGUGUUUUUGUGUGUGUGGGUCCAGCAUGAUGCCUGCUUCUGAUAGUCUUGAGUCUAGCGGCAGAUGUGUAUCAUCAUGAGAGGGGGUCACCACCAGCAAGGGUGUGGAUGUCAGCAUCUGUUCAGAAAACUACUCAGAGAAUGUGGCUGCUGCUUUGUCAGAGUCAGAGCAGAGCCGUACUCUGUGGCAGGCAGUGAUGGCAGCAUUGCCCCGUCUGUGGGCCCUGUGCCCCUCCAGCCCUCAGGCAGCUCCAGCCCCUGCUCCCACUCUUCGUCCGGAGGACCACGACACCCCGUCCGCGCCCUGAAGAAAUGGCUCACCAAUCCCGUCCGCAAGCUGAGCGCCGAUGCCAGAACUGGAGCAGGGAAAGUCGAAAAGCAGACAUGCAGGUCGGAUGGGAGGCACCCACCAGUGCUUCUUUCCCCCAGCGAGGCUCAACAAAGCCCUAUGGAAGUGCACAAUAACUACACCAUCCUCCUCCCUUCUGGAGAUGCGGAGUGGAAAUAUUCCAUGUUGAGUCCAGCAGCUCAUUCUCCUUCGCAGUCGUCCUGUCAGAAAUACUUAACUGACCUCCUGCAAGGAAGAGACACACAGAGUCUAAGUCAAAAAUCCAGCAUCAACACUCUUCAUGGAGACGACAGCUGUACAGCAACAGACGACUCGGCCAGCCAGUGGUCUGCUGCAGUGGACAGUGAAGAAGAGAGAAACAUUGCCUUAGAGAAGAGCAUAUAUGUUCUGACAGAGCUCAUAGAGACAGAGAGGUUGUAUGUUGAUGAUCUGGGACUCAUCGUGCAGGGCUACAUGUCCACAAUGGCCAGUCAGGGAGUUCCCGAAGACAUGAGAGGGAAGGACAGGAUUGUGUUUGGAAACAUCCACCAGAUCUACGACUGGCACAAGGAUUAUUUCCUGGGAGAGCUGGAGAAAUGUGUGGGUGAUCCAGACAGCCUGGCCGAGCUCUUCAUCAAACAUGAGCGACGUCUUCACAUGUACGUUGUUUACUGCCAGAACAAACCCAAGUCAGAGCACAUUGUCUCUGAGUACAUUGAGACUUACUUUGAGGAACUCAGGCAGCAGCUGGGUCACAGGCUGCAGCUCAAUGACCUGCUCAUCAAACCUGUUCAGAGGAUCAUGAAGUAUCAGCUACUGUUAAAGGACUUCCUGAAGUACUACAGCAAAGCUGGGAGGGAUGUUGAAGAGCUUCAGAAAGCGGUGGAGGUGAUGUGUUUUGUACCAAAGCGCUGCAAUGAUAUGAUGAAUGUGGGAAGGCUCCAGGGUUUUGAGGGGAAAAUCACAGCUCAGGGGAAGCUGCUCCAGCAGGAUACCUUCUCUGUCAGCGAGCAGGAAAGCAACUUCCUGUCCAAAGCCAAGGAGAGGCGGGUCUUCCUGUUUGAGCAGUUGGUCAUCUUUAGUGAGCCAAUUGAUAAGAAAAAAGGCUUCUCUCUGCCAGGGUAUACUUUCAAAAACAGCAUCAAGGUCAGCUGCUUGGGUGUAGAGGAGCACUCAGAAGAGGACCCCUGCUGUCUGGUCCUGACCUCCAGGGGCACCGACAGCAGCGUGACGCGCUUCAUCAUGCACGCAUCAUCUGCGGAAAUACAGCAAGCCUGGCUCAAUGACGUGGUCCAGAUCCUAGAGACUCAGAGGAACUUCCUUAAUGCCCUUCAGUCUCCUAUAGAAUACCAACGCAGGGAAAGCAACUCAAACAGCCUGGGAAGGAACAUGCAGUCUCCAGCUGUGCUGGCCUCUGGCCUCCGGCCUCACUCCUCAGCCUCCAUGGAGAGACGUCAGCAGCCCUGUCUGCUAUCUUACAACACCUCCCUGCCCUCUCUGCACUCAGUCCUACACAGCCCGGCCUCCAAGGCUGUUUCUAAUCCUUGUGCUGUGACACCUCAAGCCACUCUCACAGCCCUUUCUUCACACCAGCAACUGAGAUGCGACUGUGGGACGUCCAGCUGUCUGCAGACAUGCAGCUGUCACAUCCUGCAGGGUGUGACGUCAGGUUUCCAGACAAUCACAUUUAGUGAUGGUGGGACAUAUUUGCCACAGAGAGAAAACAACCUGGACCAGCUAAAGGAGACGGAGCAGUGAAUCCCUGUGGAGUCUGAGUGCUCACUCUUGUACAGAAGUCUUCACGUAAUGUCUCACAUUUCCUUCCAGUAUAAUUAUGGUGCAGGCUUAUUUGGAAUUUGGUGUUAAAUAAUUAUAGUGAUUUGAUUGUGUUAAUUUGAAUAUGUGUGCUUAAAAACCUAUUGUAUACUGCAGAUGACCUGAGCUGAGAUGUGAGUUGCUGAGUGUGUGGAAAGUUUCAUUUAAAAAUUACCACAGAAACUGUGCUUCAUGGUAUAAAAGUUGACAUUUCUUACUCUUUCCGCUGAAAAUUCCUUGAUAGAUAUUUUUGUAAUGCAUGAUAUUUUUCUUAAAGGAACUAAUUUCACUUUAUUGCCCCAGCUGAGAACAGACACCUCAAAUCCCUUGAGGCAGUUUAAAGAAAAACCCUCAAACCACCAAACUCUUGAAAGGUCUGAGCGAUUGUGAAGUUUUGACUUCAGCCCCUGGGACCUGAAUCCCUACUAGCUGUGUGUGUAUUUGUGCGUUUUUCUCCGCUGAUUAGCAAAUAGCUGUGUUUUCCGUUUGCUGGGCUAUUUUCACCCUGCCAUUGUCAGUGUUAUCUGGACCAAACACAUUUGCAAAAUCACACAAGGCGCACGUCAUAAUCAAGCAGAUAGAGGAAAAAGGGAACAAAGAUAAAACCGAGGUGCUCAUCUGUCAUUGUCGUCUUGAAUGUAAAUACUCAUGUGAGCGCGUAUGUGUGUGGGAGCAUGUCAAUAAAAACCUGACAUCCUGAUGCACAUGUAGAAAUAAAGAGAAAUGAUGUCAAAA